CCAUAGAACCGUGAAAGUACCGCAUCCCGUCCGAUCUGCGAAGUCAAGCACGGUAUCGCCUAGUCAGUACUGCGGUGGGGGACCACGCGGGAAUCCUGGGUGCUGCAGUUCUAUACUUUUUUUACCUUUUUUGGUUCUGACAGGUAUCGAAUCGCUUUUAGCGCGUUACCUUACUGUACCUUAUUGUUGCCCAGCUGAUAAGUGUAAGAACGGAAUCAAGAAGCAGUAACAUCUUUCUUUUGGAGGAAUUAUCACCAUGCUAGAACAACUACCCUCUCAGUGAACAGCGAGAAAGUGGAUGACUCUCGAUGUUUGUAUAUGAAUCUCGGUACCGAAUGAAUUCUUUGGAAAAUUAAAGCGGCUUUCGUUUUUUAACUGCGCCGGCACAUCUUACCGACGGUUGCGUAUAAUAUUAGUGAGCUGCAUACACUAGGAGUCUUCCGAAUCCUAACAACAACCAGAUAGGGAGGACGAGAUGAAGUCAAUAAGUCAAUUAUGGACGAAGAGGUAGCAUCACAGCAUGAUAGCGCAAAGUAUCCAUCAUUGCAAGGAUGUAGGUCUGUCAGUUGCUAUGAACGAUUGAAUCAAAUCGAAGAAGGUUCAUAUGGGGUCGUCUUUCGCGCUCGUGACCGAUUGACCGGCGAAAUUGUUGCAUUGAAAAAGCUCAAGAUGGAUCAAGAGAAGAAUGGGUUCCCAAUCACAAGCUUACGCGAAAUACGUACUCUGAUGGAAGCUAGACAUGAGAACGUUGUUAGAGUACGUGAGAUCGUGGUGGGAGAUACUUUGACUCAAAUUUUUAUUGUGAUGGAUUUUAUCGAACAUGAUCUCAAGACCUUAUUACAAACGCAAACGAUGCCUUUUUUAGCAUCUGAGAUUAAGACGCUCUUACAUCAACUUUUGAGUGCAACAGCAUUGUUACACAGAAAUUGGAUCAUUCAUCGAGAUUUAAAGACAUCAAAUCUUCUUAUGAACAAUCGAGGUCAGAUCAAAUUAGCCGAUUUCGGAUUAGCAAGAAUGUAUGGAGACCCGCCCAUGGAUGAAGAAGAGAUGACGCAGUUAGUGGUCACAUUGUGGUAUCGAGCACCUGAGCUUUUAUUGGGCACAAAGAGAUACGACACUGCGAUUGAUAUUUGGUCUGUUGGCUGUAUAUUUGCCGAGUUGAUCAACAAAGAGCCUCUAUUUUGCGGUAAGAACGAAACAGAUCAAAUCAUGAAGAUCUUCAAACUUUUAGGUCAACCAAACGAAGAUGUUUGGCCUGGAUUUUCCAAAUUACCCAACGCAAAAACCGUCUUGGGAAGUUCACAUUCCAUUGCACAACCUUUCAGCAAACUUCGACAAACGUUCAAAUACAGUACGGAAAAUUGCAUUGAUUUAUUACAAAAGAUGUUGACUUAUGAUCCCGAAAAACGAAUCACUGCCGAACAAGCAUUACAGCAUCCCUACUUCUUCGAAUCGCCACCACCUGCUCAUCCGGACACAUUUGGAAGCUUUCCUUCUGUCGCUGCUGGUGAACGAAAGCGCAAUCUUUCACCCGAUGCGCCCCAUGAAAGACUAGCAGAGUAUCUGGACGCCCGUAGAUAGGGACGAGAAGAAAUAGAGGAAUCAUCUUAUCAUUGAAUAAUU